AUUCUCAUAAUCAUAAUAACAGAGUGAAACAGAGUAUAGUCUAAAACAGAGCAAACGCUAAAGAAAUAAAAAUGGAUUCUUCUUCUUCCUCAUCCUUCUAUGUUCAAAAUUCAGACUUCUCUUUCGAACCGCCGGAAUGUUUCCAGUGGGAUUACCGGAGUUUCGACGCCUCCCUGCCGUUCAACGUGAACGACUCCGAGGAAAUGCUCCUCUUCGGAGUUCUAGCGGAGGCGGCGCAAGAAAACUCGGAGACAAAUUCCUCGGAGACAAUAGUCAAGGAAGAAGAAGUGAGCUCGGAGGAAACGAAGAAGGAGAAGCCGUACCGAGGGGUGAGGCGGCGGCCGUGGGGGAAGUUCGCGGCGGAGAUACGGGAUUCGACUAGGAACGGGAUUAGAGUGUGGCUGGGGACGUUUGAUAGCGCGGAGGCGGCCGCCCUGGCUUAUGACCAAGCGGCGUUCUCGAUGCGGGGGUCGGCGGCGAUCUUGAAUUUUCCGGUGGAUACAGUCCGGGAGUCGCUCCGGGAGUUGAGGUGCACGGUGGAGGAGGGGUGUUCUCCGGUGAUGGCGCUCAAGAAGAAACACUCGAUCAGGAAGAAAAGCUGCAAAAAGAGUUGCAAUAAUAGGGAAAUAAAGGUGGAAAAUUUAUUGGUUUUUGAAGACUUAGGCGCAGAGUAUUUGGAACAACUUUUGAGUUCAAGUACUUCUUCUAUUUCUUCUUCUACUAAUCCUUGGUAAAUCCAACCUAAAACUUAGCCAUUUUCAUUAUAUAUAUAAAAUAUGUUUAUGAUCUUUGUUUA